UCAAAAAGGGUAGAGAUGUUCUGCAAAACAUGUGAAUUAAACUUGUGCAGUGACUGUGUCGGCAAACACAUGCUAUCUUUGCCAUCCUGGAAACACAAUGUUGUAAAAUACUCUAUGAAAUUUUCAACAACCCUGGAGCCAUUUUGUCCUGUCCAUUCCAAUCAGUGUUGUUCUUUCCACUGUAUAGAUUGUGAUGCUCCAGCUUGCAACAAAUGUAUUACAGCUAAGAGGCACAAUCAUCACAACAUCAUUGAAAGGGAAAUAUUCAUUUCAAGAAAGGCCAAUGAUAAAAUAUCCGACGAGGCCAAAGAACAUCAAGAAGUAGACAGGGACAAUAAUCAAGCUACUAUAAAUGAAACACAGGAUUUAGAUGGCAUCAAAUUUAUUGGAAAGGUGCAGAAUACUGAUCGCAAAGAACAAAUCGAGCCCCCAGCUGAACUCAAAGCAAAGGUCCAAUCUUCUUUGAGAGAGAGCGACAAAAUUUCUGGAAACCCUAAAAAAUCUACAAGUAUGAACCCAGUUGGUCCCAGUUACCCAAUGACUUCCUUGUACGUUGGGGACCUUCACCCAGACGUCACCGAAGCUAUGUUGUUUGAAAAGUUCUGUACGGCUGGUCCUGUCCUUAGCAUUCGUGUUUGCAGAGACAUGAUCACGAGACGAUCCCUGGGGUAUGCUUACGUCAACUUUCAACAACCUGCUGAUGCCGAGAGAGCUUUAACUACCAUGAACUUCGACACCAUCAAGGGACGGUCCAUCAGGAUCAUGUGGUCCCAGCCUCAUCCAUCCCAUAGAAAAUCUGGUGUUUGCAAUGUCUUCAUCAAAAAUCUGGACAGGAGUAUCGAUAACAAAGCUCUCUAUGAAUCAUUUUCUGUAUUUGGCAAUAUUCUGUCUUGUAAGAUUGUUUGUGAUGAACAUGGAUCAAAAGGGUAUGCCUUUGUAAACUUUGAGACUGAAGAAGCUGCUAGGAGUGCCAUUGAGAAGGUGAAUGGCAUGUUGCUGAAUGGAAAGAAGGUAUUUGUAGGCCGAUUCAUGAGCAGGCGGGAAAGGCUUGAAGUGCUUGAAGACAAGAUGCAUAAGUUCAACAAUGUCUAUGUGAAAAAUUUCAGUGAAGAAAUUGAUGAUGAAAAACUUAGGGAAAUGUUUGAACCUUAUGGCAAGAUCAUCUGUGCCAAAGUCAUGACAGAUGAUUCUUCGGGAAAAGGAAGAGGAUUUGGAUUUGUUAGCUUUGAAGACCCAGAGGCUGCUGAGAAGGCUGUUGAUGCACUGAAUGGAGGUUUAUUUGGUGGAAAGGUGCUGUAUGCAGGACGUGCUCAGAAGAAAAUCGAGCGCCAGGCUGAGCUCAAAGAUAAGUUCGAACGCAUUAGGAUGGAAAGAAUCAAUAGAUACCAGGGAGUCAAUCUGUAUGUCAAGAACCUAGAUGUCAACAUUGACGAUGAAAGAUUACGAAAAGAAUUUGCUCAGUUUGGUAACAUCACCAGUGCCAAGGUUAUGUCAGAGGGAGGUCGAUCCAAAGGCUUUGGAUUUGUAUGCUUCAGUUCUCCAGAGGAAGCUACCAAAGCUCUUACUGAAAUGAAUGGAAGAAUUGUGGAGGAAAAACCCCUGUAUGUUGCUUUGGCCCAGAGAAAAGAGGAUCGUAAGGCUCAUCUUGCCUCUCAAUACAUGCAGCGUAUAACUAGCAUGCGAAUGCAGGGACGACAAAUGGAACAGAUGAGCAAGAUGUUCCAAAAAGGAGGUGCUGAAUACUUUGUCACAACAAUGCCUCAAGCUCAGAGAUUCUAUGCUCGCAACAACGAUGAGAACCAAUAAAAGAUUGCAGACAAC